AUGGGUACAUGGGACUGCUUCUUUCUGCUACUUUGUGCUGCCUUCUAUCUUCGAGUAGGAGCACAAGAAGGUUUCAUCAGUCUGGAUUGUGGCGCUCCAGAUAACGCAAGCUACAAGAGCAAUAUUGGCCUGUUUUAUACCUCCGACAGUUCGUACAUUUCCAGUGGAGUUGCCAAGCAAAUCUCUUCAGACUAUUUGACUAGCAGUAUUGCUCAGAUCUACCAAACAGUAAGAAGCUUCCCACAAUACACAAGGAACUGUUACAGUUUGGGGCCCUUGACUUCAGGCUUAAGAUACAUAGUUCGAGCUUCCUUCAUGUAUGGGAACUACGAUGGGUUGAGAUCGGUUCCGAAUUUCGACCUCUACAUGGGGCUGGACCUUUGGAACACGAUUCAGUUGGAUAAUGCAACACAUGCUUUAAGAACUGAGAUCAUCAAGAUUGCAACCUCAACUUCCCUAUCAGUAUGUUUGCUGAAGACAGGCAACAGCAUGCCGUUUAUAUCAGGUUUGGAACUUCGGCCAUACAAUGGCAUAUACUCACCUGAAAAUGGGUCAUCACUUGUGACCUUCAAGAGAAUCGACUUUGGGUCGACCAAAGAAUCAAGGUUUCCUGAUGAUCCGUAUGAUCGCAUAUGGACACCAGACAACAAUUCAUAUGGGACUCCGCUUAGCACUGAUCUGCCAGUGAAGGAAAUUUAUACGCCGGCAUUUGGAUUGCCAACUGCCAUUAUGCAGACCGCUGUGACCUCAUCUGCUCCCAUUACAAUCAGCUGGAGCACGAAGGCUAGCAUUUAUGUAUUUAUGCAUUUUGCCGAACUGAUUGAGUACAAAGAAAACCAAACAAGAAAUCUCACAAUUGCCAAUAAUGGACAAACUUGGGCUGAUCCUUUCGUUCCUAGGUAUCUCGUUACGAACACCAUAUUCAGCACUUCACCUGAUACACUGGGAGAAUAUUCAUUCUCAAUAGGCGUUACACAGACUUCUACUCUUGGUCCAAUCAUAAACGCAAUUGAGAUUUACGAAGCCCGUGAUGUCACUGGCUCUUCGACCUAUCAACAGGAUGUUGACGCGAUCACAAGAGUUAGAGACAACUACGGUCUGAAGAAAAACUGGAUCUCCGAUCCAUGCCUCCCCCAGGGGUACCCUUGGGAUGGAUUGGACUGCAGCUAUGGAAAUCCCUCAUCACCAAGAAUCAUUUCCUUGGAUCUCUCGUAUAGUGGCUUGAAUGGCUCCAUAACGAAUUACUUUUAUCAAAUGGCAUCAAUUGACUCAUUGGAUUUAUCGGGUAAUCACUUUUCUUGCCCAAUUCCAAAUACCCUCAAACAGAGGAUGGAUGAUGGAUCACUUUCAGUAAGGCUUGACAAUAACACCCAACUUUCUUUGGAUGGAACCUGCAAGAAGAAACACAAUGUUGUUUUGCUCGUGCUCUCCGUCUGUGCUCCUACGAUAUUCAUAUUCGUUCUUGGAAUCGUUCUAGUUAUGAUUCUAAGGAGAAAGAAGAAUAUGAGCCAGAACCAAGGUUCAACCUUGACAUAUAACGCAAACACGCACACACUAUUGGCAUUAGAAAGUAGCUGUUUAUUCAGCUACAAGGACAUAGUGAGGAUUACCAAUAACUUCGAAAGGAGGAUCGGUAGAGGAGGAUCUGCGGAUGUGUUUUAUGGAAAACUAAUUGAUGGCAGUGAAGUGGCAGUCAAGACAUUGACCAGAACAACUGUGCAAAGGAACAAAGAAUUUGCAGCAGAGAUUAAGUUAUUAACAAAAGUUCACCACAAGUACUUGGUCUCUUUCUACGGAUUCUGUGAGGAAGGAGAGAAUAUGGUACCAUCGUUGGAUGAUUAUCAUUUACUCUGUUCAGCAGAGGAUUCCAGGAGCUCAGUGGUGGUUAGCUGGAAACAAAGAUUGGAAAUUGCUCUAAGCUCUGCCACAGGGCUGGAAUACCUGCAUUCAGGAUGCCGGCCACCAAUCAUACACAGGGAUGUGAAGACGAGCAACAUACUUCUCAAUAAAAAUUUAGAAGCCAAAAUUGCAGACUUUGGACUGUCGAAGAUCUGUGCAACAGACGACAUUACCCAUAUGACAACUACAGUCGCUGGAACCGCUGGAUAUAUGGACCCCGAGUAUUACAACACCAACAAACUGACCGAGAAAAGUGAUGUAUAUAGCUUUGGGGUGGUCCUUCUCGAGCUCAUCACAGGCCACCGUGCCAUAUUAACGCUAGAAUCAGAGCGAGUCCACAUCCUACAAUGGGUUACCCCCAAAAUUAUGAGGGGGGAUGUUGCGAGCAUUGUUGACCCUAGGCUCCAAGGCAGAUACAAUGUUAACUCUAUGUGGAAAGUUGUAGAGAUAGCUCUGUCAUGCGACGAAGAGAAAGCAAUUAGAAGGCCUACCAUGUCUGAAGUUGUGAAUGGAUUGAAGGCGGCCAUCGAGAUUGAAGAUCAAGGUUCAGUAAGAGAAGGAGUUCCUGGCUCCCUGUCUUUUGAAGGCCAUUCUCACUCGGACAAUGGUUCAUCUAUAUACCCAUCAGCAAGGUAA